CAAUAGUUUUCAAUUUGACUUUCCUAUUCUCUCAAAUUACAUACUCUAAACAAAAAAAAUUGUCACCUCUAUUUCUUCCGGUCAAAAAUGACAAACGUGACCGCCGUGGCUGCGGCGGCCGCCAUUCUCCUCCACCAACCACAUAUCUUAGCCGCUGCAUCUCCUCCCCAUUUUUGUUCAUAUAAUAUUUUGCUAUAUUUUCUAAAUAUUUUUAGAAAUUUUAUAAUUUAAAAUAAUUUCUUGAUCGAAAACUAUAUAUUUCGCACUCAGAUAUAGAUAUCAUCUUCUUACCUUAGUUCUUUCCGUUUUGUAGCUCACCGUAACAACUCCGAUCAGGUUUCAUUCGCCUGAAACCUUAUUUCAAUGGCUCAGAAGCUCAAGGUUCUCAUCAUCGGAGGUACUGGUUACAUCGGAAAGUUCGUAGUAGAAGCCAGUGCCCUAGCAGGUCAUCCAACUUUUGUAUUGGUCCGCCAAUCUACGCUCUCCGACUCCGCCAAGUCUUCGAUCAUCGAUAGUUUCAGGAACUUAGGUGUCAAUUUCGUCUUCGGUGAUAUCUUCGACAAUGAGAGUCUGGUUAGGGCAAUACAGCAGGUUGAUGUGGUGAUAUCCACCGUUGGUCGUGGUUUGUUAUCCCAUCAACAAAAUAUCAUAUCUGCUAUCAAACAAGCUGGCAAUAUUAAGAGAUUUUUUCCCUCGGAGUUUGGCAAUGAUGUGGAUCGUGUUCACGCCGUGGAGCCAGCAAAGUCGAUGUUUGCCAGAAAGGUUGAAAUUCGUAGGGUUGUUGAGGCAGAGGGAAUCCCCCACACAUUUGUAGUUAGCAAUUUCUUCGAUGGUUACUAUCUUCGCAACUUUUCUCAGCCAGGAGCUACCGAACCACCUAGAGACAAAAUCAAAAUCUUUGGGGAUGGAAAUCUCAAAGUAAUUUACAACAAGGAAGAAGACAUUGGGACAUACACCAUCAGAGCCAUAGAUGAUCCAAGAACCUUCAACAAGAUCUUGUACAUUAGACCUCCUGCCAACAUCUACUCGACGAAUGAGCUAGUCUCACUAUGGGAGAAAAAAAUUUGCAGGAUUCUUGAGAAAACCUAUGUCUCAGAGGAGGAGCUUGUGAAAAACAUCCAAGAGACUCCAGUGCCACUUAAUACAGCAUUAGCAAUUAGUCAUAGUGCUUUUGUGAAGGGAGAUCAUACCAACUUUGAUAUUGAACCAUCAAUUGGAGUGGAAGCAUCAGAGCUGUAUCCAGAUGUUCAUUACACAACUGUAGAAGACUACCUCAAUCAAUUUGUUUAGGAAGCAAACAGCCAACUUGAUCUUUGCUUUGUUUGUACCCAUGUCCCCUAUAUUUUUUAUAACGCAUAUAUUUUUUAUAACGCAUAAAAGUUAAAAGUCAUGCUUUUAGUCCCUAGACUUAUAUAGAAACAAUAAUUUGGUUUUUGAAUAUUGCUUUGUAAUAAUUUACUCCGUGUUACUUUCAAUUUUGUAACGAUUUAAUCUUUGUAUUUUUAUAUUUGUAAAAAUUGUUACAAACUAAA